GAGAGCUUUCAGUCAACACUCAACAACAGUCAACAACAUAUUAGUCAACAUGUUUGGCCUAUUACGACAACCAUUACUAAAAUCUGUUAGAAUUGCACAGUUUGGUGUUAAAAAUUUUGCACAACCGAUCCCAAGAGUAUUCCAAAAAUCAUAUGGAAGAUUUCGAAGGACUGAAAAUGUGAUUCACAAGUACGAUUAUUCCGAGAAAACAAACUUCAUGGUUGCAUCAUUUGGAGGGGACAUGACCCUACUUGUACUUUGCGCCAUUAUCUGGUUCAACAUUUUCAUGAUGAUACAGAGUGAUCCAGAGAAACCACAAACCAACAAAAAAAAAAGUCCAUACAUGAUUCAAUUCCACCAGUGUACUAUAACUAUCAACAACUUCUAUUUUGGGCAAUCACCACAAACAAUAAAACAUAAAUAAAACUAUGAUUUUAUUUUUUGUAAUCAACAAGUAAUAACUAAUAAGCUACUUGUGAUGAAAAUUUAAUAAUAUUA